GCACAGACUUUUCAGUUCAAAAUCGUAAGAAACGCGUAGCAGUGAAGACGCGAACGAGCAGCAAAUCGCGAGAAAGUGCAGGAGUAUAGCAAACAGUGUGAUUUUACUCUAUUAAUUUCAUAUAAAAGUGUUUCUCUCUACUUUCCAUUUUUGUAACAUUACAACUGAUCCCCGCACACGAAUCCUUGUGGCUUUGUGCAUCGCUACGCCGAACACACUCGUUUUGAAUUUUUGGAUUUUACACCGUAGAUGUCAGUAGUGCCACUCAUGUUCCGUGACUGGUGGGAUGAUUUUGAAUUUCCAACGCGCACCUCGCGCCUCUUGGACCAACAUUUCGGCACUGGACUGAAACGUGAUGAUCUUCUCUCAUCCGUUUGGAGUUCGCGGCCUACAAUGUUGCGUUCCGGUUACCUGCGUCCCUGGCACCAUUCACCCACCAGCCUGCAAAAACAGGAAUCUGGUUCGACAUUGAAUAUUGGCAAAGAAAAAUUCGAAAUCAUUUUGGAUGUGCAACAAUUCACUCCCAAUGAGAUCACAGUCAAGGUGACAGACAGUUUUGUGCUCGUCGAGGGUAAACAUGAGGAACGACAGGAUGAGCACGGUUUCGUGUCCAGACAAUUCUCCAGGCGUUAUAUGUUGCCUAGUGACGUCAACCCCGACAAUGUGGCAUCAUCACUCUCCUCCGAUGGUCUGCUGACCAUCACUGCUCCCCUGAAGAAGGAGCCACCACCAGUCACCGAACGUGUGGUGCCCAUCGCACAAACUGGUCCGUCCUCGAAGGAAGAUAAUGCCAAAAAAAUUGAGACUAGCACCGCCUAAUAUGCUUCAAUGAAUUUUAAACCAAACAGACUGUUUUGCAUCUUUUAUAAACAUUAUUUUUUUCAUGGCUCAUCGUUAUUAGUUAUGCAUGAUAACAAUCAUUAUAAUUGUUUGUAAUUAAUUUUUAUACUAAAGAA